UCUGUCUUUCGCUAGCUAUUAUCAUCCUCAGUGUACGAGGAAAAAUAACGGGUCGGGAAUUCGAUUCCUUGGUCAACUUUUACGCGGCACGUCAGUUAAUCGGAAGCCACGACAAUGGAUAGGUGCCUCUAGGAAGGGGGCUCAUCGGCCUGUUCCCGAUAGUGUUGAAAGCUACAGAAACUCCUUGUCAUCACCACCGGACGAACGUUGAGUGCGAUAAGAAGCCGAAGUCUCGAUUGGUACCCUCCGGGAGAGAUAUCGAUUUAUGGCAUUAUUUCCCAUUGACCAGUGCAAUCGUGACAGUGACGGGGCGAUGAUACCCGCGAAACGUAGCAAUUGAACGAAGAUAUCUACGAGUGAACCCAAAUCGAACCGAAGAAAAGUGUGUGUUGUGAAGCUUGGGGGACGACAGGUGUUCGUGAUCGACAGUGAACAGCGAAAAGUUAAUUAAAAAAGAAAGUCUCCAGUGAACAGUCAGUGUAGCGCGAGGUCACACCAUGCAGCACCUGUCCCUGCUGACGGCCGGCUGGAGCUACAUUCCAGCCGGUUUAACGUUCGGCUACCUGUUAAUGUUACCUUCGAAUGUCCACAUCUACAACGAAACCAUGUUCUGGCCGUUCAUCGUGACCAUAAUUGCGCUGCUCAUUUCGGUGGCGAUUACCAACGGCCUGAAGCUCAACUUCCGGAAGUGCCAAUUUGUGCAUCUGUACGUGAUGUUCGCCGGGGCGCUGCUCUUCCUGGCCUCCGGGCUGAUGUUUUUGUUACUGAAAGAUGUCGUUCCCGCCAUCUAUUUGGGUGCGUGCGGUCUUGGCUUGACGCUGAUACCAGGUCUCAGCCUGUGCCACAUCCGCGCUCCCGGACGCUGGCGCCCAUUGUACAUGGGUUUGUGCUAUUUCUGGUUCCUGGCGGGACUUGCGGCCACGUCGACCAUUUUCCUGCACAACAUUUCAAUCGAAAUCACCAUUACCGAAACGGUGCACACCGACUAUUCGAUUUGCGUCAUGACUGCGGCCAUAUUCACGAUCCUGCUGGUGGCGAUCAACGAAAUGCUGCAGCGAGAGGGAAUUGUGGACUACAAGAAGCCGUUGGACUUCGAUACGGACAUUGCCCACGAGAGCGGGAAGCUGAUGGGCCAGGGCGAGGGAAGGAAUUUGUAUAACAAUUUUACGACGACCUCCGUUCCGGCAAACGGGACUGGCGCGAAUCAGUGGACUUCAUCAACCGAGCACAUCAUUAUGAGAGGCGUUGGCAGUAGAAAGAACUAUCACAAGCUGUGGGUGCUUUACAUGAUCUUCACAAAAUUGCAGGGGUUCAUCGCAUUCUACUGGAUAUUCGUUUACCAUGCUAUGCUUCUGGUGAGUGAAAACUUGUUCGGUACACUGUAUGGCUAUGCUGUGUUCUGGUUCAUGACAGCGGGAGCUUUGCUGGGAUGUUUGGCGAUGAUUGUGUUGAGUACUAAGAUAGUUUAUAUGGUCUCUUCGUUGUUGCAUACCGUUGGAUUGAUCCUUGCAAUAUCAUUCUAUCAUUCGGAUAUAGAGAGUAGAUUCAAAAUCAUGGCAAUAUCGCUCUUGGUGUUUUAUACAUUCAUCGGAGCAUCGUUGGUCACACCAGCGAUCAAUAUCUUAGAGUUAUCGCCAUUGAACUUUAACGAAUCGUUUUUGGCGGUAGGUUCAAUUGUAGAGCUGAUUGGGAUCGCUUUGAUGCAAUACUUCGCAAUGAAGGAUAAUACAUUACUCGGAGUAGGUGAAAAUGGCGAUGAAGUUGUUUCGGCGCACUAUAUUUCGAUGAUCGUUCUUAGCGUGCUCUUGCAAGUGAUCGUUCUUUGGCACAUGCCGAACACCUUUAAGAAAUCGCUUGCCGAAAUCAAUUCUGACCUAAACAGGAUGACAUCGUAUUUCGCGUUUAGCAGAAUGAUGGUCCCAGUGACUCAACACACGGCCACGGCGCGAACUUUCGCCGAAAGUGUGACCUCCGAACAUCCCGAACAGGAAGAAAACCGUUUGAGCACCAGAAAUGGCCAUCUGGCCACACGGUACAAUGAGCGAAGUGAUGACAGCACUGGUGAUAGACACAGUCCUUACAACGAUUUUUCCGAAACCAGACACAACCGGCGAACCAUGGUUGACCGCGCUCAAUCUCCCGUAGUGGAGGAACGAGAAGAUCCCUUCCUACAAGAGCAACUUCAGCGUCAACACGAACGCAACUACAUUCAUUCAAGACAGCAGCACUACCAAUAUCAAGCUCGCGAAUCGCCAGAAUCCCAGCAAUACAGCUAUCGCCCCGAACGACAAUCAGACUACCGUCAAUCACGGUACCUCCCCGAGCCAGAAGACUACCCGCAGGAACGUGCCAUAGACAGUCAGCCAAUCCGCUACAAUCCGCCCCUUCUCUCCCGUCAUCAGUACUACGAAGAAUACAGUCAAGAACGUCAGCAGAAACCGCCCACUCCGCAACCGAAACCCCUCCCCACCCGGCAACCCUCCAUGACUCCGUCCGACAGCCAAUCCCCGGCGCCAAGUUUGAUCCGGAGGACGGCCAAUCCAUCGGCCACGGUAAAAUCCGAACCCGGUUACGUCUCCCGGCCCCGACUUCUGGCGCAGAAAAGUGAAGCACCGGCCCCACCUCCACUACCUCCCGCGGAUUACCUCACCAAAUCCUUACCGAGGAUCAAACCGGACCGGCAGCAGUCCCGGGAGAGCAUCCACCCGGUGCUGAUACCGAAACCGCCCAAACCGGAGGAGGACAUCGUUCCCGGGGUGGAGUACUCGAGUAAUCUGCGACCUUCCGAGUUCCUGCGGCAGACACGGCAGUCCGAGAUGUUCCGCAAGUCGCAAGCGUUGACGUGAGAUGGCGCCGGUUCCGAUAAUCGGAUUAGGGUAAGACAAUUUCUAUGGAUAAUAAAACCGUUGUGACAAUUGGUA